UUGUCAAAUCCCACAACAAACUGCAAAUCAAAGCUCAGAUUCGAGACUGCUCCUGGUCGCUCUCAGUACACAGCGUAGAAGGCGAGUACGGAUCUCUCACAGACCCACUCCAAUAUAUCGGCGAUGAAGCUCCUGGCUGCUAGGAUCCUUGCAGCUAGACUACUGUCAGCUUUUCACACUGUUUAUGCCGCGGAUCCUGACCCACUGCAGGACUUCUGCAUUGCAGACCUUGCUGCUGGACCAGUUUCAAAUGGAUUUCCUUGCAAGUUGCCUGCACUUGCUACCGCAGAGGACUUCGCAUAUUCUGGGCUUGCUAAACCUGCAGAUCCCAGCCUAUCUUCGACCGGCGGAGUUGGAACCCUCGCCUUCGUCAAAGAAUGGCCCGCUCUGAACACUCAGGGCUUGUCUCUUCUAAGACUCGACAUCAAUCCCAGCGCCAUCGCCUGGAGAGAUGUAUAUGGGCUUCGUCACCAAUAAUCUCGGCAACGACCCAACCAUAUCUAACAAGCUGUAUGCAAAGGUCGUGAAGAAGGGAGAAGCUUUCAUAUCUCCCAGAGGUUUGCUACGCUUCCAGCUGAACAAGGGGAGUGUGCUUGCAUCGAGUCUGAACUUCCUGAACAGUCAGAAUCCUGGUAUUCAGAUCAUGCCUUCAGCUUUGUUCGGAAGUGGCAUCGACCGUGAAAUGCUGGAAAAGGCAUUCUUCAUGAAUGCGACUCAAGUUGCUGCGUUGGAAACCAUAUUCCAAGAGUGAUACGUCGAUUUAUUGAAUUGCCAGGAGAAAUCGUAGACUUUACUGGCAUGGAGACAAUCUGAGUGACAGGUGUAGGUAUUCCUAGGCUCAGUUAAGUAAAAAUUUGUCCAACUUCUAUUCGAUGCAG